AUGUCCAAUUUCUCUGUAUUCACAGAUCCUAUACCGUUUGAGUGUAAUAGUUAUCUCUACAAUGAUUUCAUCGAAAUUUCAAAAUAUUUAAUGACUUGUAUUUAUCUGAGCAUCGGUUUGAUUCUCCAUAUAUGGCUGCUUAAAAUCAUUUUGUUCACUCAGAAGGCUCAUUUUAAAGAUAGCACGUUUUUCCAGCUUUUUGUCAUGGAUUCUAUUGCGAGCUCAAUUUUAAUUCUGGCAGAAAUAUUUUUCGACCGGUUAUUCAUGUAUGUGCCACCCCUUUGUGGUAUCAUUGGCCCAAUUUUUUGGCAUCCAUCUUAUAUUUGUAAAUUUGUGUAUUUGACGACGAUUCAUGCAAGAUUUACAAAGUCUGUGGCUCAAAUUUUCAUGGUUUUGAAUCGAAUGUCUUGUGUUUUGAAUCCAAUUGGAUAUAAUCAGAUGUGGAAACGUAUCCUCCCAACCGUCCGAAUCCUUGUGAUCAUUCUCCCAUUCGGUGGUUCCUGGAAUGUCUGGAUUUCCAGAAUAGUCCUAAAAGCAGUCUACGGAGGAUUUGUUUUAAGUUACAUUCGAAAUGUUGAAUGGGCUCCCCUGUCCAUCUUCCAAUCUACCUACAUUCUUGUUGCUCUCGCAUUUACCGUAAUCUGUACUACUGUAACUCUUUGUAAAAUGUUAGUGCUUCCCGAGCGUUUGAAAGCUACUGAAAAAUCAUUGUGCUUCACUUCGAUUUUUAUUUCCAUUACUUUUUUGUUAGUAGCAGCUACACAGAUCCUAUGGAUAACAUGUUGUGUUUCUGAUAUUUUAUAUGCUCUACAGUACUUGGCAUUUGACAGUUUUACAGUAGGAUCAGCUGUCAUAGUUAUCGCAGUCAACAAGCAGCUCCGUGCCAGUAUUUACCCAUGGAAAGUUUCCGAAAGAUCUAACUCGAUUAUAGUUUCAGUUUUCCCGAAUUGA